AAAGUACAAACUCAAACACCCCACCCCCUCAAUCCAAACACCCCACCCCAACCCCUACUCAAAAGGGUACUUCCUAUAUAUACACACUCUACAUCUCCUCUCUCUUUCACUUCAUUCAACCAACUACUGCAAAAACAACUGAAAAAAAGUUAAUCAAAAAGACAGAAACACCCUUUGUUGAAGUGGGGAAAAAAAAAAAAAAAGACAGAAUGGGAAAGUACAUGAGGAAGUCAUCAAAAAAACCUGAGGUUGGAGUGUUGGAUGUAAGUCCUCUUGGUGUUUGUACUAGAGCUAAGGUUAAGCAGUUGCAGAACUCUAACUCAGCUGCUGUUGCUGGUGUUGAUGUUGAUGGUGGUGGUUAUAUGCAGUUGAGGAGUACUAGGAGGUUGGAGAAACCAAAACCAUUUGUGGGGUUUGAAAGGAAAAGACGAAAAUGCCCUUUGAAAGAUCAAGAAGGGCAUUCUUGGAAUUCUGGUGAUGAGAAAAAGGAGGAAAUUCAAGAAAAGAUGAAUGAGAUUAACAUCAAUGGUGGUGGUGGAGGUGAUGAUGCUGGUGUUGAAGCUUCUUGUGGUGAAAAUUUGAUGGAAUUUGAAAGGGCUGCUAGGGAGACCACUCCUUCCAGUUUGAUCAGGAACCCUGACAGCGUGCGUACCCCACCUGGUUCCAGUAACAGGCGUAACUAUGCCGAAGCUAACGGCCGAGUGCCAUAUGCAGCGGGGAGAGAUAUCCCCCCAACAACUCGUGACAUGAAUGACUUCUUUGCUGGUCCAGAAGAGAAGCAGCAGAGAGAGUUCAUUGAGAAGUACAACUUUGAUCCAGUGAACGAGAAGCCCCUCCCUGGACGCUAUGAAUGGGUGAAGAUUGAUCCUUAGAUAUGGUCGGAAGCUGGAGAAGUAGAUUGAUAGAAUGGACAUAUGGUUAUCGGCAUCCCAAGAAGACAAGUCUUAGCAUUUUCUUGUUUUUAUCUUUAUGUCUAGAAUCUAGGAAAACAGCAAGGGUUGUUGGUCCUUCUUGGUGAUGGUCAUAUUUUGUUUCAUGUAAAGGAAUUUAGGACAGCAACAGCAAGUUCUACAACUGUGUAGACUAGUGAUCUGUAGCAUAACAGAGUUUGUGACUUCAUUCAGCAAAUGUAAGAAGGUCCUUUGUCUAACAGAAACAUCAAAGGUUUGGUUGUUGUAGUCAUAAUGACAAUGUUGUUAGUGAUAAUGUUGUUGUAGUACAAGGUGUAAAAUUUUACUACUAA